GGGGAGAGAGAGUGAGUGUGUGUGUGGCCAACAGGCGUGAGCCUCGCAGCCCAUCAUCAGGCCUUUUAAUGUGAUCUGAGAAGCUUUGAUCGCUGUACUGGGCGGAGGCCAGCCUCAAGGGAGGCUGAGGAGAGGCUGGGGAAGGCCCCUGGUUCUGCUCCCCCUGGGCCUGGAGGGGGGGGGGCAGCUUCAAGGCCCUUAAAGGUCUGUGGCAGGGAACUGCUCGACUGGGACAAGGCCCCCUUGCCGUCCGAGUUUGGGGACCUGGGUUUGCUCAGCCCAAGAGGGGCUGGUGUCCUCAGGCUCUGGAGCUGGGGCCUCGGCAGCUACCAGGGAGCUUCCUCUAGAGGCUCCUGGGCCUUUGGAAGAAGGGGCUCUCCACAGGGGAUAACAUGGCUUAAACCGGUGAGAAGAUAAGCGACCUGGCGGGGUUUGUUCUGCCAGGGCCCGGUUGGCCUUCAGAGAGGCCCCAAGAGCAGGGGCCGAGGGCUUGAGGACACCUGGGCUGGCACUCUGAUCUCCGAGGAUGCCCGGGCCGCUCUCGGGGUUCCGGGCCUGCGGGCCCCUUCCAGAGGCAGGGACGUGACACGUGUGUCCUCUCCUCCCACGUGACUGCGACCAGCCUGCCAGUAGAAGAGCUCCUGUUACGGACACCUGAUCCCCACUGCCAUGUGGCCCAGGGAGAAGGUUCAAGUGAAAUCCGAGCGGGAGCCUUGGGCACGGGCUGGCGAGGAGGCGCCAGGGACGCGUCCUCUUGCAGGCUCGUUCCACCCCUGGGCUGGGUGUGAGACAGAGCGGCUCCAGGCUCUCGCUCACGCAGGGGAUUCAUAGGCAAGAGUCAGGGUCCUUUAGACAGAGGGAAGGUCCGAGAGGACUGUGAGCAAUGGGGCAGUGUGGAGGAAGGGGGAGGGCAGGCAGGGCUGGCGCUGCCCGCUUCCUACCUUCCUUGGGGAGUCGGCGCUAGGCGAGAGUCCCACUGCAGCCCGCUGCUCUCAGAGGCCCUGAGAGACCCGACUGCCUGGGUUUGGGGCCUCCAGAGUGGGAUCUGAGGUCAAGGAAAGAACUUGCAGGUACGAGUUCGGUGACUCAGAGAUGGGGAAGCUGCCUGAGAGAAAGCCGAAGGAACCGGUUGUUGCGGCUUGGCGUGGAGCCCCACGAGGGGCUGAGAGGCUCGCCGUCCUUUUUAAAUUAAGGAAGUUUGGAGCGAGCGCCUUCUGUCUUCAUCAAGGACAGGAGGAAGCGGCCUCUGUCUGUUUGCCACAUGAAUGAUUUAAAUGAGAGAUAAGUUUUCUGACCUGACCUGCACUAACUUCCCCUGAUCUCUGGACCUGGUGGAGGCCCCCGGCCUCCUGGGCCUUCUGCCUCCCAUCUCUGCCACCUCGAGCCUUUCUGGAGGCCUCCUUCAGACCCCCUGGUGUCCUCUGGGAAAUGGUGGCUUGGAGGUGUUCCUCAUGCUUUACAGACCGGCCCAUUCCCUCCUCUUCUCUCCCUCUUUCUCACGCUUCAGAGCAUGAGUCCAUCUUUUAGAGCUUUUAGAUCAGACACAUUUGGCCAUAAGCGGCACGGUGAGGCGGUAAGGCCCCGUAACUAAAGCUCCCCAGCCCUGGGGGCCUUCUAGCCCUGGGCUUGCCCAGCCCACGAUCCCCCUUUCCCUGGAGGCCACUUGGUGCUGCUUCCAAAAUGGCCCCAGAAUUUUCAGCGUCUCUUGGCCCCACAUCUUUGGAAGGAGCUCGUUCAGAGCUCACUCGGAGCCAGGUGAGAGGCCACCUUGUGGAAUGUGGGAUUCGGGGCGCUUUGUUCACAUUAUCACCGUCCUCUCCCUCCUUCUGGGGAAGAACAGAGCCCCCUCCCCCCCCAGUGCAGUCCAGCUCAUCACACACGGUUGUCGAGUUUCACAAAAACCAGCCUCUCAUCAUAGUUACGGGAGGCUCUGGGGGCCUUCUCCAAGGCCCUUUGGAGUUUAGAGCCUCAUCUCUGGCCUCCUUCAUUCUCGGCCCGCCUGGUGACCGGGGAGUGGUCUGGGCACUCUGGAGGUCCCCAAUGUCAGAUCGGCCUCAGGGAGGGAUGUAGGCGCUGCCCCUGACGCCCGGUUGCCUGGUUAGUUCAGAUCCACCCAGCAACUGGCCGCCGAUGGGCCCCGCGGCGGGAGGAAGAGGCCAAAAGGGAUGAGAGCACGUUUCUGAUGGAAAACAAGCCGGCCGGCUGUCAGAACCAGAACGGCCCCUCGCGGAAAACACUUGAACUUUUGAAACCAACUGGGCCACAAGCCUGGAACAUAAGCUAGAAGAGGAGAGAAAAGGGCCUCCGGGGGAGGGGCCGGAGGACCUCUAAAGACCCCUCUUAUUUCUCUGCAAUAUGUUCCUCAUUUCCCGGACAAAUCCCAGGAAACAAAAGCACCAGAUUCCAACAGAGUUGGCUGGUGUCGAUGACUGGGCCAGCAGCAGAUGGCACAUUGAGUUCAGUGUAGACAAAUGGAAAAUAAUUAGCGUGAGAACAAGAAGCCGGGGACUAGAUGGAACUGUGGUGAGGAAGAGGAGCGGAGGAGCCGUGGCCACCGCCUGGCCCCUGGCCCUCCCAGAGGGUUGCCCCGAACAGGAGCCCUCUGCCCCCCGAUUCACCCCCACCCAGCCCUGAAAUUCCCUGUUUGGAGGAUGGGGUUGGAGGCAGAAGAGCUGGUGACCCAAGGCCCCUGGCAAGGGGUUCCUCCUCCCAGGCCUCCCCAGGGAAAGGAGCCGCCAACUCGGGGUGACUUGGAGCUCUCCGAGGUAGACCCCGUGUCCCAGACCGUCCCACUCCUUGACUCCACCGGCUGAUGUUGGAGAAACUCUGUAAAAAGGCCCCUCUUGUGCUGAAUCUGGACCCAGCCCGGGGCAAGAUCACGCUGCUUCUGCUCCAGCCCAUCUGAUGUGUGAAAAUCGGCAGCUUUCGGGCCUCCAGCUUGGGUUGAACACACCCGGCCCCAAACCCACGCGAGCUUGCUCUCUCCCCCCCCCCCUCCUUCUUUGUGCCGGCCGGUGUCUUUCAGACCCCGGCUUCACUGCCGGGCUCCCCCCAGCGGGCUCUGAGACACCUCGGGGAGGUAGAGCAAGAGAGAAGGAGAAAGGCAGAAAAAGGCUCUUGGGGCUGCUUAAUGGCAUUUCCCUGGGGGCUUCUGGGGCAUUUUAGAGUGAGUGCUGAGGACUCGAGGUGCGUUAAAAAUCAUCGUGGUGAUAGUAGCACAGGAGGCAGUGAGACAAGUGGAAGGGCUGGGCUGGGAGGCAGCCGGCCUGGGCUCCUGCCCCAGCUCUGAUGCUGACUGUCAUGUCACUGUGGGCCGGCUGGGGAACUCUGCCCGCGUUUCCUCCUCCACAAAAUGAGGAAAAACGCUUGUGAGACUAGGAUGAAGGGAUGUUCAUGAAGGACCCAGGGAGGGGAAGGAAGACCCUGUCCGCAUGGAAGAAUUAAUGCUCCAGGGCAGGAAGAGAUUGUGCUGCACUCAGCUUCCCUGCCUUCCCUUCCCUUACUCUUGCCAUUUAUGCAGAAAGAAUGUAGCCAAGUGACUCUGGCCCUUCCUGGGGUGGGAAGAGCUCCCAGAGCCCUCCCUGGGCCACAGCUCCCAUCCCAGAGCUUUGGGAGAGUGACCUGCUCCAUUGGCAGGUGAAGAAACUCCCCCUCUUGGGACCAUCCAGCUCCUUGCCACUUCGCUGCCCACAGUAUGGCCUGGUCUUCCUCCGUCAGGGCUGGUUCUCUGUCCACUGGACCUCCCAGGCUCUCCCGGAGUUUUGGGGGGUGAGUUCUCGGGAUCACGGCGCCUCCCAGCAUCUUGAGAGAGUGGCCACAUCCCAGGGCCGCCCGCUGGCUGGUGGGCUCGCUCUGUUCCCCGUGGGGGACGUCUCCGGGACGGGCCUCACGACAUCUGGGCGAGGCUCCAUUGCUGAGGUCUGGGGGUGCAGAGACAGGGAAUAGGAAGGGUUCCUAUUUCCUUCUGGAGGAGCUUCUGUUCUAAUGGGGAAGGUGGGCGCUGUGAGCACGUGGAUCUCUGUUUGCAGUUACCUGUAAUGGGGACCAGUGCCCAUACAUACAGAAGGAGGAGAGAGGAGCCUGCGAGCUCAGGACAACCACAGGCUGCAGGGGGAAACGGGGUCUCGACAUGAGUCUUGACAGAAAAGUGGGAUUCUGUGAGCUGGAGCAGGGAGAGCAGUUAUCAGUCACUGUGUGUAAGGAGCAGUGAGGGCCUGAGUGGGCGUGGAGGCUGGACAAGGAGAAGGGACCUGGCCCAGAUAGCUGUUGUCAAGGUGGAGCUGAGGGGAGUGAGCAGUGAAGGAGCCAGAGCAGAACUGGGCCAGAACCCAGGGGGCCGGGAGCAUGGGGACCCCCAGAGAAAUAGGGGAGUUUGCAAGGAGUGACUUUGAGGGGAAGGGCAGUGAAUUCUGUUCUGGCCGUGUGGGGUCAAAGAUGGAGCACAGCCAGCUGGAAACAGCCGGCAGGCCCUUGGAGAAGCAGGCCCAGAGCCCAGGGGAGGCACUGGGCCUGGAGAGCCAAGCCGGGGGCCAUCGGCACAGAGACGGGAGCUGGACAGCAAGUGAGCAAGGGAGAGGACGGGCCGGGGGGAGCGCCCAGAGCUUUGCAGUGGGCCGGGAUGCUGGGCCAGAGAGACUGAGGAGCAGCUAGAAGGAGAGAGGGUUAGGAGGAGGACGGUUGGCAGCACUGGAUGCAGCAACCCGGUGAGGGACGAGAGCCGAGAGCGGGCCACGGCACGUGCCAAUGAGGGACCCUUGGUUAAGCAGAUGGGGGUGGGGGAGGGGAGCGUGCAGCCGCUGCCCCAGAACCUUCCCGAUGUAUCGACAGCGCGGGAGCUCCCUCAGGCUUUGAAGACUUAGGAGAGAAAGGCUUGAUCCUUCCAUGUGAAGCAGACGGUCCCACCAGGGUCUCCCUGCUUAUGUGUUAGACGGCCGCCCCUCCCAAGGGGUGAGUGACCCAGUUGCCGAGCCAGGGAGGGAUGGGGAGAAGUUCGGUGAGAAGAGGGAGCUGCCGUAAGAGACUGGGCCCCGGGCUGGGGCAGCUGCUGGCAGCCCUGGUGCCUCUUUCCCUCUGUGUGUCUCAGUUUCUUCAAAUGUAAGAUGCAGGAGUUGGCUCAGGUCCUCUCAGUUCCCUGUCAUGGGGUCUGUGACCCUCGGUUUAUGGCCCGAAGAUCUGAGCCCCCCCCCCCCCCCCCCGCCAUGGCAAUUGUCUGGGCCAGGCCUGCAGCCUCUGCUCCCUCUGCCCUCCCUGGUAACGAAGGCCAAAGAGAGAGCCUCCAUUUGGGUCUGAUUCUGUACCCCGCUGGCCAGCCUCCCCUCCAGCCCAGCCUCCCCCAGAGAGCUCAGCCAGCCUGGGCAGGAGUCCACGCAGGCCGGAGCGGGGCCAAGGGAAGGGCGAGGAGUCUCUCCCCACCAUCCAUCUCUUCGGGGGCUCCGAGCUCACUCUGCCCUGAAUUCCCAGCUCCCGGGAGCCGGCCAAGCGAGCCAGCUUCCCCGCUGUCAAGCCCCUUCGUGCUGUAACCUCCUUGAAGGUGACCUAGAAAGGAAGCCCUCUGCCCCGAGUCCCAAAGGCUCUCCUGGGGAGGUGCUGUUCUGCGAACCACAGACGUUGGCGGGGCCCAGGGAGGGCCUCGGGAGCAGGGGAGGUGGGCCCUGCCGGGCAGUCGGCUCAGCACGUGCCUCGAGGCCCUGUUUGGGAGCCGCCAGCCUGGGAUGCCCAGUGCCGGCCCUUGUGCUCUGCAGUACCAGGGGCACCUCUCACCGGCCUCUCAGCCCCGCGCCCAGCGCCUAGCACCCAGUGCCCAGCACGCCACUCCUCAGGGCAGGCCUGACCAAGUCACUCCUGAUGCUCGGGAUCCUCGAGCUCCUCUCCGCUGCCUGCGGGAUCAGCUUCUUCGUGGGCCACCUCUGAGUGGGUCCCCUUCUGUCUCUGCCUCGUCUCUCGGGCACCUCCUCCUCUCCUGCCUCUUCGAGCCCCUGGCUCCCUCGUGGGCUUUGCACCUCCCUGAUACCCCUCCCCCUCCCCAGAGUUCCCUAGAUUCACCUGGACUCUCCUUCCCAUUUACCUCUGACGGAGUCUGGGUGACAAAGGCCCCCCCGGAGCCAGAUCCCAGUGGUCUGGGGAAGUCAGGCCCCCUCUAUGGGACCCUGGAGAAAGGGAUUUGAGCCCAUUGGGCUCCAAUGGUUUUGGAGAUGCUGCUCUGACCUAGAAAGGAGCCCCCUGCCCCAAGUCCCAAGAGGAAGCUGGGGCCCCGGAGGAUGAGCCACUUUGGGCCUCUGCUUCCCCUUUCCAGCUCCUCCCUCUGUCCCAGGAGCUCCCAGUGACUGGUGGGCUGCAGGUCAGCCCCUCGAGGGUCACCCUCUGCAUCCAGUGACUGCCCUGGAGCCCCCUAGCCUGGGUUUGGGCCUCCAGGCUUCAAGCUCCCUGGGCUCCCUGGGUUGGGCUGGGCUUCUUUCCCAGCCUCCUCCUGACCUCCGUGUCACCCUUCUCCCUCACGGUAGGCAGGAAGAGGAUCUAGUCACAGCCCGACUUGGAGAGGAGGGAGUGUGGGGGAUUACAGAAGCAGGAGCGCCUGAUGGGAGAAGGCAGCUCUUCUCCCAAAGAGAUGAGUCACAAGAUGGGGCGGCAGGUGUCUGGGGGAGCCCCUGGGCCGCCAAGCCAGGUCUGUGUUGGGGCGGUCCCGGGAGCUCCAGCCUUUUGUGUAGCGGAGCUGGACCCCGGCCCCUUCUCGAGGGAGGCUCCUUUGGGCGGCUCCGUCCCCCACCUCUCCGGGGACGUGGGCAGAGACGGUCGCACCGAUGCCAGGAUUGGGAGGCGUGGGGGUCGCCCACAGAAAGUGUGCCCUUUGGGGUCCCCGGCAGUGGCGGCUGCCUGCAGAGAGCAGAGGGCUGGGCUCCCUGGGGCAAGGGGCUGCGGGACUCCAUGCCCAGGGCUCCAUGGGGGCCAGGGAUGAGCGCCCCCGGCCACGGCUGUGUCCUUCACCUGCAGGGAGUGCCAGGGCUGGCAGUGCCAGGCGCUUAACGGGGAGGACUCGGCAGUCACGGCUCUCUGACGGCGCCCCGGGGCCUGCCAGGAAACGAGAUGUUUUCCCAUUUGGGCUGUGAGCUUGGCGGGGCUGCCAGCCCAGGGGGCGCUGCUGGGCCGGAGCAGAGGGAAGCGGCGGACGUUCGGUGGGCUCCAUCGGGGCUCGGCCAGGGGAGGAGUCCUCAGGCUGGAGGGCAGAAAGGGGGCAGCCUUUCCUUCCAGGGAACAGAACUGAUGGUGGGAUUUCAGGCAUUGGCCCCCUCAGAGCGUGGCUUCUGUUCCCCAGGCCUGGAAGGGCCUGAAGCCCGUGUGUGUGUGUGUGUGUGUCUGGAGCUCGGUGCCCCUUUGGGGACAAGUGUCUGGGGCUGAGUGGGAGGCUGCAGCCCCAGGGGGCUGGUGGGGGCCCGCUGGGUCAGGCCCACCUCUGGGGGGGCUCCUGUUUCUGAGCCCUGGAGGGCGGCCCCUGCCUUCAUCAGCAGCCUUGUGCUCUGAGCUGCUCUGAGCCGGCCUUCAGGAGGAGGGGGAUCUCUAGGCCGUGCCCCGGGCCCUUCUGUCCCCCCACCCCCACUCCAGCUUGCUCACUUUCCCUCCUCCUCUCUUCCCAGAAUCCGCACUCAUCUCCUCAGAGUGGGAUGAUAUCACUUCUGGAGGGUGGGGAACAGGGGGAGAAGGCCGGACCCCAGCUUGCCCACCCACCCACUCACUCAGAGGAGUCCCAGGUGUCUGGAUGAGGCAGCUGUGCCUGUGCCACGCUGCCACGCCCCCUCACCCACCCAGGGGCCACACUGGCUAAAUGAGGCGCUGGUCACUUCCCUCCAGGAUCCCACCAGUGCCCAUGGAUAGACACAGGGCUCGGACAGGGGGCACCUCGGGCUGGCCCACAGCUCCUUCUUCAUGGGGGUCCCCCGACCUGGGUCAGGGGGGUUCUAGUCUGGAGGAAACACACUCUUCCCCCCCCCCAGGCCCUUCCUAAGCACUGGCUCCCCCCCCACACCAUGCUGUGGCGUCCCCUGGCUGCUCAGGGACAUCUCUGCCCAGGAUCCGGGUCAGGCCCAAUCAUUCCUCAUCUCUACCCUCAUCCUGGGCUUCCUUUGCAGAAGCCCCUGGAGGGGCAGGGCUGGCUGUCAGCUGUGAGACCCCUGAGAGUGGGGGGCAGCUGGACCGGGCCCCCGGGCCCCAGCCAGUAGCGCUCCUGUGUGCUUGGACUGGGGAUGCCCACCCAGCCCUCCAGGCCUGGGCUCCCAAGACAGUCUCAGGGGGAGUCCUGAGACCCAGAGAGGGGCAGCCCCUUUCCCAAGGAGGCACAGCAUCCCUGGGGAACCCACAGUGGGACUCAGCGCUUGCUCCUGGCCCCGUGUCCUUCCCUCCUCUCCCGGGCGCAGGGUUAGUGGGGGGGGGGGGCAGAGCAGGCCGCCCCCGCCCUGAGCCCAGGACGGCAGGAGGAAUCACUGAGGGGCAGCCCCGGGCCCACCCCCUGCCCCAUCCCCAGGGCCCAGCCUGCCCGGAGAGGGCCACGGGCGCAUGGGGACGUCUUCUGCUCCUUCGCAGGAGGUGAGCGUCGCGCCUGCUGAGCCUCCCCAGACCCGCUCGCCAUGCCCGGAAUCGUGGUGUUCCGCCGGCGCUGGUCUGUGGGCAGCGAUGACCUCGUCCUGCCGGCCAUCUUCCUCUUCCUCCUCCAUACGACCUGGUUUGUGAUCCUCUCCGUGGUACUCUUCGGCCUGGCCUACAACCCCAACGAAGCCUGCUCCCUCAACCUAGUAGACCACGGUCGCGGCUACCUGGGCAUCCUCCUGAGCUGCAUGAUCGCCGAGAUGGCCAUCAUCUGGCUGAGCAUGCGGGGGGGCAUCCUCUACACGGAGCCCCGCGAGUCCAUGCAGUACGUGCUCUACGUGCGCCUGGCGAUCCUGCUCAUUGAGUUCAUCUACGCCAUCGUGGGCAUCGUCUGGCUCACCCACUACUACACCUCCUGCAACGAUGUCACUGCCAAGAACGUCACCCUCGGGAUGGUCGUCUGCAACUGGGUGGUCAUCCUGAGCGUCUGUAUCACCGUCCUCUGUGUCUUUGACCCCACCGGAAGGACCUUCGUCAAGCUGAGGGCCACCAAGAGGAGGCAGCGGAACCUGCGGACGUACAACCUGCGGCACCGCCUCGAGGAGGGCCAGGCUACCAGCUGGUCACGCCGGCUCAAAGUGUUCCUCUGCUGCACGCGGACCAAGGACUCCCAGUCGGAUGCCUACUCAGAAAUCGCCUACCUCUUUGCGGAGUUUUUCCGAGACCUCGACAUCGUGCCGUCUGAUAUCAUUGCGGGGCUGGUGCUUCUGAGGCAGAGACAGCGGGCCAAGCGCAACGCGGUGCUGGACGAGGCCAACAACGACAUCUUGGCCUUCCUGUCUGGGAUGCCCGUCACCCGAAACACCAAGUAUCUGGACCUCAAAAACUCGCAUGAGAUGCUUCGCUACAAAGAGGUCUGUUAUUACAUGCUCUUUGCCCUGGCUGCCUAUGGUUGGCCCAUGUACCCGGUCCCGGGCCCUUUUCGACAAGCCCCACCUCCAUCCCGGGGAGGGGGCAGGUUCCUCUUCCCCAGCCAGAGCCAUGAGGUCACUGCAGAUUCCAGGGCCCUGGUGGCUCACGGCGCUUAUCGGCUCCUCACGAGGAGCUUAGGGAACUUGCCCCAUGUGGCGGAGCCGGGCAGGCCAGAGACGCUGCUCCUGGGGAGCAUGGGUUGGCUGCUGGCUCCCUCUGGUGGCCCGCGGUGGAGCUGCGCCCUGUCAUCCUCCCCAGCCUCCAUGCUCCUCCGUGUCCCCCACAGGUGCUGCCUCUGCCCCUCCCGCCCCCGCUUCGCCCCCGGGGUCACCAUCGAGGAGGACAACUGCUGCGGCUGCAACGCCAUCGCCAUCCGCCGCCACUUCCUGGACGAGAACAUGAGCUCGGUGGACAUCGUCUACACCUCCUGCCACGAUGCGGUCUACGAAACCCCCUUCUAUGUGGCUGUGGACCAUGACAAGAAGAAGGUGGUCAUCAGCAUCCGGGGCACCCUGUCCCCUAAGGACGCGCUGACAGACCUGACGGGCGACGCCGAGCGGCUCCCGGUGGAGGGUCACCACGGCACGUGGCUGGGACACAAGGGGAUGGUCCUCUCUGCCGAAUACAUUAAGAAGAAGCUGGAGCAGGAGAUGGUCCUCUCGCAAGCCUUCGGGCGGGAUCUGGGCAGAGGAACCAAGCACUACGGCCUGAUCGUGGUGGGCCACUCUUUGGGGGCCGGCACUGCCGCCAUCCUCUCCUUCCUCCUGCGCCCUCAGUACCCAAGUCUCAAGUGCUUUGCCUACUCCCCGCCGGGGGGCCUGCUGAGCGAGGACGCCAUGGAGUACUCCAAGGAGUUUGUGACGGCCGUGGUCCUGGGCAAAGACCUGGUCCCCAGAAUCGGCCUCUCGCAGCUCGAAGGGUUCCGACGGCAGCUCCUGGACGUCCUGCAGCGGAGCACCAAGCCCAAAUGGCGCAUCAUCAUCGGGGCCACCAAGUGCAUCCCCAAGUCGGAGCUCCCCGAGGAGGCUGAAGUGACCGCCAUGGCCAGCAACCGCCUCUGGACCCACCCCAGCGACCUGACCAUCGCCCUGUCGGCCAGCACGCCCCUGUACCCCCCCGGCCGCAUCAUCCACGUGGUGCACAACCACCCAGCCGAGCACUGCUGCUGCUGUGAGCAGGAAGAACCCACGUAUUUUGCGAUUUGGGGGGACAACAAGGCCUUCAAUGAAGUGAUCAUCUCUCCGGCCAUGCUCCAUGAGCACCUGCCUUACGUGGUCAUGGAGGGGCUGAACAAGGUGCUGGAGAACUACAAUAAAGGCAAGACCGCCCUGCUCUCUGCAGCCAAGGUCAUGGUGAGUCCCACCGAGGUGGAUCUGACCCCAGAGCUCAUCUUCCAGCAGCAGCCCCUGCCCAGUGGCCCCCCAGGAACCACCAUCCACUCCCUGGAGCCUCCGCCAGCCGCCCAGAGGAGCAGCAGCAUCAAGAGCCAGUCCCAGUCCGAGAUCAGCCUGGAGGGUUUCUAUGAGACCAAGGCCUUGUCCCCUGCAAGGAAGGACCCGGUGGAGCUGCUGCUGCUCACCACCCAGGAGCGCCUGUCGGUGGAGCUGCAGGACCGGCGGGCCCCCCUCGCCACCAUGGAGAGCCUGUCGGACAAUGAGUCCAUCUACAGCUUCGACUCUCGCCGCUCCUCCGGUUUCCGCAGCAUCCGGGGCUCCCCGAGCCUUCACGCGGUCAUGGAGAGGGACGAGGGCCACUGCUUCUACAUCGACCCGGCCAUCCCGGAGGAGAACCCUUCCCUCAGCUCCAGGACAGAACUGCUGGCCGCCGACAGCCUGUCCAAACACUCUCAGGACACGCAGCCGCUGGAGGUCGGGCUGGGCGGCGGCAGCGCCGGGGGGAGUCCACGGCGCCGCUCCAGCGGGGAGGAGGGUGGCUCUUCCCCUGCGCCGGCCAGGGGGGAGCUGACCCUGCACAACGGGCGGCUGGGGGAGUCGCCGAGCCCCCAGGUCCUGGAGUUCGCCGAGUUCAUCGACAGCCUCUUCAACCUGGACAGCAAGAGCAGCUCGUUUCAGGACCUCUACUGCAUGAUGCUCUCCGAGAGCCCCAGCGGCGACUAUGGCACGCUGCCCAAGUCGGUGAGCGAGCAGGAGAUCCUGCUGCGGGCCCAGUACGAGCCGAACCUGGUGCCCAAGCCCCCCCGGCUCUUCGCCGGCUCCACUGACCCGUCCUCGGGCAUCUCGGUGUCCCCCUCCUUCCCCCUCAGCUCCUCAGGAGAGCUCAUGGACUUGACCCCCACGGGCCUGAGCAGUCAGGAGUGCCUGGCCACAGACAAGAUCCGGACUUCUCCCUCUGGGCACCCGGCCAGCCCCUCCAAGCAGGAGGACCUCGUGAUCUCGGCCCUCUAGUUCUGGGGGUGGGGGGAGCUCGGACCCACCGCGCCAAGCAUGCGGCAGACCCGGGCCUGGGGUCGCCGUCCCCGCCUGACCACCGGCGAUGGCCGGCAGCGUCACGGAGGGCCGGCCGGAGUCCCCGGGCGCCCGCACAGCUGGGGAGGGAGAGGCCGAGCUGCCGGCGCAGGAGAGUGGAAUCACAGGGUCCGUUUCCCUACCUCAGCCCCAGUCGGUGAUGGCUCCCGGGGUCCCCCAUGAGCCGGGCGGGGGGCGAGCUGCCCGGCGCCACCAAAGCCACGACACGUCUGAAAAGGGCCAGGAAAGGGCCGGGCGGCACUUGGCCUCCCGUCCCGCCCUUGCCCCUCCAGGAGCAGCCCGUCCAGAGCUCCUAGGAAUGGUCAUUCGCUCUUCCCGUGGGCCCCGCCCGGCCCCCGCCAGGCUGGGGCCCUGCCAGCCCAUCUUGGUGCCCAGAGCCUGGGCGUAGGAAGGCGGGUGUCAUAGCAGUUGAUUUCUCUGACUGUUCCAUCUCCUCCCUGGCCCCCAUCGGCUGGCUCUUCCCCCACCCCCCACGUCCCUGGGUCGCCAGCCUAGGGGCUCGGGCAGCCGUCACAAACCAUGUGUUUACAGAAGCCAACGGGCUCAGCCGGAACCUUUCUUCUCUGGGCAGCUGGGGGCUCCCUGGGGCGGGGGGCACCCAUCCCAGCUCCCCUCCCCCCCGCACUCCUCCGAGGAAGGAGCCUUGUGGGCCCAGCUCCCUCCUCAGCCCCGGGACCCCCCGUUUAGUUGCACUUGCCCUGUGCCCCGUUCUGCUUCAAGGGGAUGUCCCAUUGAAGGGACCCUACGAGUUUGACCUGAGGCUUUGAGAUGGACUUUCUGAAGGGGAGGGAUCCCAUGGGCUCUGGGGGGGACGCUGGGGGGUCCCGGGACCCGGUAUCUCUGCACUGACCUCUCCCUCAUAGGCCCAUUGGCUCCGGCCUCGGGGCUGCCCGCCGGUCCCUCUCAGGGGGCCGCCCCCUCCCCUCACCCCUUUCUCCAACGUCUGCACCCCCCCAGCUGAGCCCCAGCUGCAUGGUGAGCUGUACCGCUUCAGAGAGGAGGGAAAGUGGGCAUGUGUGCUGCUUGCUGGGCUGUCCGUAGGCCUCCCUCCCUGCCUCCCUGCCUCCCUGCCAACUGCAUGCAUUCCCAGAGCUCAGGAUGCUUUUGGAGAGAGGGUCUUUGCCUGCUUCCCCCCCCCCCCCCAGUGUCCAGACACCUUGGAUGCCAGUAUUUGAAACGAAACCCUUUGCUACCUCCUCCCCGCCCUGUGGCCGGGCCACCUGCUCCCAGGCCGCAGCUCUCAGUCCCUUUGAGAGGAACGCCGGAGCGCCUCCUGCUGGGAGGCCCCGUCCAUCCCCCCUGCUAGCCCUCGCCCCCGUUAGCAGCAAGGGAAGGCGGCCCCCGCCGCUCACUGCCCUGUGAGGAAGGGGCAUGAAGGCCUGCUUGGGCUGCCUUAGAAAGGGAUGUCUGAGGGCCCUCCCCACAGGAGGGUUCUGUGGCCUCCCACAUGCUGCCAUACCCACAGAGGUGCCCAUCAGAGACUGAGCCUCCUCCCGCCAGCAGCCACCCCCCUGCGGGGGCACGGCCAGGGGUAAGCCCGGUGUCUGUUUCCUUGCUGAAUUGGGGGGACGCCUGGGGAGAGGGUAAGGGGUGAGACUUUCACCCCGCGGCCCUCGCCAGCCGGUACGGCCCGGCGGCUCAUGCAUGUGUGUGCGCCGGCCUCUACCCCCGGGGUCCAAGGAAAUGGCGGCGGUGCUGCCUCGCUCCCUCUGCUCGCCUUUCUCCCCGGCUCCAGGGGUGACGGCCAUGGCGUGCGGCUGCCGGCCUGCCCGGGCUGGGGUAGAGCAUCUCCGUCUCUACUCCCGACUCUGCCUCGGUUCCCUUCCACGGAGCUUCUCUUUGGGAAUGGCUCGGGUGCCGGCCUCUUCCCAAAGAAGGCGUCAGGAAGCCAGCGAGUGAAGGCCGCCCUCGGAGGGGCCUUCCUCCCUUCACCCCCUCCCCCUGCCCCUGUUUUUCCUGGGCUUCCAUCCUGAGCACUUUGAAAGGAAGGGAACGUCCCAUGAUGCACCUGAGCAGUGACCGCCGGGGGCCGUGGCAGAAGACCCUGCCUGGGGGUGGGGCCCGGCGUGGCGGCUGCUGCCUCCUAUGGGAGAGGAAUGAGGCUCUAUCGCCUGCUUGUCCUUAGCCCCAUCCGCGCCCCCGGCCCACCUGCGGCCCUCCUCCCUGUACAGAAGGGAGCUGCUGGAGCUUGGAAGGUUCCACUCCCACCAUAAGCUUGCGUCUGGGGGGGUUUUAGUGUCUGUUGGAGGUAGCCUUCUCCAUGGGCUCGCCUCCCCCCACACCCCCUUGCCUCGGCCCGCCAAACUCUUGCCCCAGAGGCAGGGCUAGCUGGGUGCUCCAGAACCCUCGGCCUCCCCACCGCGCCUCCCCAAAGGCUGUAGCCACACCGUGUUACAGGGCCGGGUUGGCUGGUCCCGGGUCCCAAGGCUCCUCUACGCUGGGGAGGAGCAGGUUCUCUCCCGAAGGUUCCCGAGAGCUCCGAGACACCGGGGCUCUGCCUCCAACAGAGAAGAACCUCUAGGUGUAAGGGGUCACUCCAUUCUUCCCUGGACCAGCAGGGAGCCAGGAGCAGCCACCUCCUCCCUCUAACCCCUCCCUCGCCUCUAGCACAGUUCCCCUCCCCUUUGCCCUCCGACCCCACCCUCAGUGGCCCUGUGCUGCUUCAUUCUCCAGGGGCCGCCCGAACCCCCAUAUGCAAUCACUAAGGAAGCAACCAGGCCCCCCCUCCCCGCCCGCUGUGGCCCCCACAGACAGUCACGCACUCCACGUGCCAUUCCCAUCUGAUUUUUUUGUAUCUAAUGUAUGAAAGAUCCAAACUAAUAAUGCUGUAAAAAAGGAGAGACAAAUUAAUAUAGCUUAUUCUAUAAAUCUAUCUGUAUAUAGAGGUUUCUGUAUAUUGUAUAGAGCUGUGUAUAAACUGGUUGUAGAAGCAG